AUGACCUUCAGCACUGUCGUCCCCUCCAAUACUGACAGUGUUCCUGGCCCUGUCCCUCCGGCCCGUAUUUGUGACUUCGCCAAGCCAACUUUCACCGAGUGCGGCUCCAAACCAGGCCCUACCGGCGGCAGCAGCGCUGACCCCGUCACCACUACCUCUGCUCCCGUCUCUGGCCGCGGCUACGGCGGUGACUCAGGUCCUUCCAGCUCUGGCUCGUCCCUCUACCCUGCCGCUAUCUCUGUCCCUGGGGGUCACUGCGGCAUCGACAACUGGGUUUGCGCUGAGCAGUUCAAGGCUAUUUUCCAGUGCGCCAUCAGCUUCAUCCAGGACGCUGCCGUUUCCGUUGGCUGCAAGAAGGGUGAAUAAGGAGGAGACUCAAGGUCUUGUCUCAACAAUGUCCUGUCUGGUUGCGGUGUCACCAAGGACGCCCAGGUAAUCUCGACCGUCAAAUUUCUGCGCCUGCAACGCUCCCGCUCCUACCUCUACCACUUGCGGUGCUGUUGCCCGGCACUGAUGCGUUACCCUAAUGACUGCCAUCUUUGCUGUUCUUCUUCGAGUUCAGUCAGUGCG